GAGGUGGUGAAAACAAAGAAAAAGAGUAAUUGAGUAAUGGUGCGGAGCAAACAAAUUGAGCGCAACCGUAAAAUCUUGAGCUUCUUAAACCCUUUCUCCCCAAACAUGAAUUUCACAGCUUCUCGCCACCAACCAUCGCUCUCAUCAAGAGUAUCUCAUUCACUUAGCUCACUUGAUGUUCCCAAUUUUGCUUCGGGUUCCUUUCUCUUCAUUUCUAUAUUCUCACACAAAUGAGAAGAAAAUUUUAACAGUUUCAUUUCCAGGAUCCAGACAUUUUCGGGCUAUCGGCUUGUUGAAGGAGACACAGAAGAUUUGGGAAUAUGUCUGGAUGCAAGAAAUCACCAAAAAAUGAUCAACAAUCAAUCAAAUAUUGGCGGAUUCAACACGGAGGGGCAUCCUCUGAGGCUGAUCUUUCUUGUGUAGAUUAUUCGCAAUCUCUUUCCACCAAUGAGAACAAGCAAUGCCAUGGAAGUUCUCAACCAAAGUCCCCUCAGAUACUGAGCACAGCUCAGCUCAUCUCAGCUAUAGGCCAGAUAUGGGAUUCUGCCAGUCGCCCGCUUUCGGUUUUACUCCCAAAGGAUAAUGUGAAUCAGGAUGAUAAAGGAUUCCAGAAAGAAAAAAUUCUGGAUAGCGUUGAUGAGAAAAAAAAUGACUUGGUAUAUGCGUCAAGUGACAUUAAGUACUAUCCUGUUACCAAGGGUGGUGGUGCAAAGAUUGUGCAGGGAAAAUUGGAUUUCCCUAAGGUAAUGCAGAAGAUAUCAGUACUUGACUCUUCUAAUGACAGUCAAGAUUAUAUUCAUUCUUUAUUUCAGAGGUGUUUGCAGGCUAGUGAUAAAAAUACAAAUCAAGAUUGGAAAGAAAUGGAACUUAGGAGGGAGGAAAUGUCUUGUAUAUCAGGAAAUGUAUUUUGGUGGGUAGGUAGGAAUAUUACUAAGGCGCUAAAUUGUCAAGUGAAUGCUACCCGACCUGAGAACCUGGAAACUAAUGCUCCAGUUGCUGGGGGUAACAUUUCAGUAGACACAAGCACCCCCACAUUGGCUAAUGAGAGUGAUGUGUGUAGUCCUAAUUCAAUCACACAUGAAACUCAAUCAUUAUCUAAUGCUGCAAUUCUGAACUCAAGAAUAGUUAGCCCUCUUUGUUCAGACUAUUUUCUUCAAGCUGUGCCUGAUACUAAGGCAGACGCUGGUGCUUGUCAGAUCCUUUAUUCUAGUAUCUGUGCGGACUAUCAUAUUUACUCUCUAGCUUCAUAUAAUAGUGCGUCUGAUCAGUGCCAACAUGAGAUUGAUGAUAAUGAAUCUCAGGAAAUCCAAAGAAAGCAUUUCUUGGAUAUAACUGAUGAUAAACCUAAGGUUCAGAUCGCUGCAACCCACCUAAAACCUUGUAAUUCCCAAGCCAAACAAGAACAUGCUUUUUCUGGGGCGUUAGCUGGUGUAUGUGUCAGCCUUUGUCUGCAUCCUGUUGACACAAUUAAAACAGUCAUUCAAGCAUGCCGUGCUGAACACAGGUCCAUCUUUUACAUUGGGAAGUCAAUUGUUUCUGAUAGAGGUUUGCUUGGACUGUAUCGUGGAAUUACCACAAACAUUGCAUGUUCAGCUCCAAUUUCUGCAGUUUAUACUUUCUCCUAUGAAUCAGUUAAGGCAGCUUUGCUUCCUCAUCUUCCAAAGGAGUAUUGUUCUUUUGCCCAUUGCGUGGGAGGUGGUUGUGCAAGCAUUGCCACCUCUUUCAUUUUUACUCCCAGUGAGCGAAUAAAGCAGCAGAUGCAAGUUGGUUCUCAUUAUCGCAACUGCUGGGAUGUAUUGGUUGGAAUUAUCAGAAAUGGUGGUUUUUCCUCCCUAUAUGCAGGUUGGAGAGCUGUACUAUUCCGGAAUGUUCCACAUUCAAUUAUCAAGUUUUACACAUAUGAAAGCUUGAAGCAAGUGAUGCCAUCUAGUAUUCAACCCAACUCGUUUAAGACUGUAGUGUGUGGAGGAUUAGCUGGAUCUACGGCUGCUUUAUUCACGACUCCUUUUGAUGUGAUCAAGACUAGAUUACAGACACAGAUUCCUGGGUCUGCAAAUCAAUAUGAUAGUGUGCUCCAUGCCCUUUACAAAAUUAGUAAGAGUGAAGGAUUGAAGGGCCUGUACAGGGGGUUGAUUCCGAGGUUGAUUAUGUACAUGUCUCAAGGAUCACUGUUCUUUGCUUCAUAUGAAUUUUUCAAGAGGACAUUUUCUCUGGAAGCACCAUAUCCCACUGAUUUAUGCAUUCAGGACAAUGAUGGGAAUGCUGAAGAGUGAAGACAGCAAAAACUUUGAAUUAACAGGUCCAUCGUUGGGUUUUCCAGCAGCAGUUUCCCCAAGUCCUGAGCAUUCUUGAUAACUAGAUAGUGUGUGGAAGAAAAGUUUAAUUGUGCCACAAGAUGUAAGCAGUUUCAUAAACUAUGGAUUUAAAGAGUAAUAUUAAAUCCUUCUUUAACAUUA